AUGAUUCUCUGGUUCCACAUCUCGGAUACUACGUACAUACAAUACUCCGAGCAAUUUCUCAGGCAAUCAAGAUUCACAGAUGAUGUGGAGUAUUCGCUUAUGCAUUUAUCCACCAGACACCACUCAGGCGGUGCCGGCGCAGAUGGAGAUGGUGAAAGUGACACGGCAUCAGAAGGGGUUGAAGCGGGCGAUCCGAAUAGAAGCAGCCAUAGCAUGAAUGCUAGAAUCGACUCUGGAGGAAUAGAUGCAGAGGAAUUCGGCACCUGCGAAGGAGGUAAUGGUGGUGUUGCUGCAGGGGUCACCAGAGGAUUGGUCACAAAUGGGGUUGGAAUUGGCGAAGUUGACACUGGCAGACCAGACGCAGGGUCUGUCAUACGAGGAGUUGGCAGAAGGGGAGUAGGGUGUGACACUUCCCAGGGCAACGGUGAGGCUUUUACGGUUGCAAUCAAUGUUGCUAGAGUGAAGGCAGAAGGCUUCAUGGUGUAUUUGAUGUUGAGAAGCAUCCUCGAUGCGAAGGAUAGUUGUGGCGGAGCUGAAGCUAUAGCGUUGACUUGA